CCAUCGAUAUGGUGCACAAUGUGUUUAUCGUAUUUGUUUACUGUUUAAAGGGUGGAUGAAACAAUUCAGCGUGACAUGGAUCCAGGUUCUCUACGUGCUGAGAUUGAAGAACUGAAGAAACAACUCUAUCAGAAAGAGAAACAGUUAAAUUUACUUGAGCAGAAUGUGCAACUGGAAGAGAUGGUGAAUAAUUUUGAGGGGACAAAACUGAGUAAUGAAGAAAUUGGAAGGUUUAGCAGACAAAUAAUAGUUCCUGGCAUUGGAGUUAAAGGUCAGCUUGCACUGAAAACAUCAUCUGUUCUUAUUGUUGGAGCUGGUGGAUUAGGAUGCCCUUCUGCUUUGUACCUUGCGGGGGCUGGUGUUGGACAUAUUGGUAUAAUAGAUUAUGAUGAAGUUGAACUGAAUAAUUUACAUCGGCAGUUACUUCAUUCUGAAGCAAGCUUGGGAACACCAAAGGUUGAAUCUGCUGUGGAAGCCUUGAAAAGGCUAAAUAGUGGGGUACAAGUAACUCCCUACCACAUACAGCUGGACAGUCAGAAUGCUCUGGAAAUAGUAAAAAAGUAUGAUAUAGUUGUGGAUGCCACAGAUAAUGUUGCUACACGAUAUCUUCUUAAUGAUGCAUGUGUCAAAGCAGGAAGACCACUUGUGUCAGGCAGUGCUUUACAGUUUGAAGGGCAGCUUACUGUUUAUAACUAUGAAGAUGGGCCUUGUUAUCGCUGCUUAUUUCCUGUGCCACCACCACCAGAAACUGUUACAAAUUGUGGAGACGGUGGAGUCUUAGGAGCAGUUCCUGGGGCUAUUGGUGUGUUACAGGCACUAGAAGCAAUUAAGAUAAUACUGAAGAUACCAGGUGUUCUCUCACAAAGAUUGUUAUUGUUUGAUGGAUCAUCUGGAAUAUUCAGAAAUGUUCGCUUAAGGAAAAAGAAUCCAGAUUGUGAUGUUUGUGGAGAAAAUCCAAAAAUUACAACUCUUAUUGAUUAUGAACAAUUUUGUGGAUCAAGAGCCAAUGACAAGGAUCAUAAGCUUCAGUUACUAGAUGCUAGGGACAGGAUCACACCUUUGGAAUACAGAAGAUUUCUUAAUGAAGGGAAACCACAUAUUUUAGUAGAUGUAAGGCCUCCAAUGGAAUAUGAGAUAUGCCACUUGGACAACGCAAUAAAUAUUCCACUUGACACGUUAAACAAUGAAACUGUUCUGUGUGAGAUAAAGCAACAUAUUGACGCAAAAAGAAAUAAAAGUUCUUCUCUCCCAGUUAUUGUCGUUUGUCGCCGUGGGAAUGCUUCACAGAAAGGUGUUAUUAAACUGAAAGAACACCUAACAGAAGAGGCAGUGACAAUACGGGACAUUAUAGGAGGCCUGCAUGGUUGGGCAAAUGAUGUGGACAAGUUGUUUCCUGUUUACUGAUGUCAUGCAUGCACUGGUUGUUAUACGAAGAUAAAUGGUGGAAGCCUUUUAUUCAAACAACCAAGAUCAUUUUUAAAUACAAAUAAAAUUUCCUGACAGAGCUA